AAGAAUUUUAUUGUGCGUAUCCAAUUUUACGCACUCUGUUAUGUCUGAUAUAUCGAUAGGCUAACUCGUCUUUUUACUAAGGAAAUUUCAUUGAACUUUCAAGUGAUUUAAUUUCUUGAGAAAUUAUUAUUAUCUAUAAAAUGUGAUUUUUAUACUUUUUGUUUUAACCAAAAUAAUGUUGAUACCUACUUUAAAUGAAACACAAAAUAUGUCUGUGUAAUUAUUAACUAAGUUAGAUAAGUUUUAUUAAACCAUGUAAAUCAAAAUGGGCUGUGUUUACAGCAACAAAAAAACUAUUGCUCCAACCCUGUUUAAAGUUAUUAAUGUAGAUGAUACAGGCAAUGAAAAAUAUCAUGGGCAAAUGGAAAUUACUGCUUAUGAUUUGAUACUUCAUAAAAAUAGUGAGCCUCCAAUUAUUUGGCCAUUGCAUACAGUUAGACGUUAUGGUUUUGAAGAUUCUAUGUUUUGUUUUGAAGCUGGCCGUUCUUCUCCUUAUGGUCAAGGAAUAUUUGCAUUUAAAAGUAACAAUGCCAAAAAUAUCUUUAAUGCUGUCCAAGGAAAACUACAAAAUGAUAAUAGUACAAACGCAGCAAAAGAUAUGUCAUCUGAAAUGUGCAAUUAUUCUGAGCAAUCAUGUACUAGUACUCGAACCAUUGAAAAAGUUUAUGAUGAAAUUAGUUUUAAUGGUAUAAAAUGUAGUAAUGAAUCCAAUAAUAAUCAAAAUCAACCUCCAGAUUUAAUGCUUGAUCCUGAUACUGUGUUUCUUCCUAAAACCACUUAUGCUAAUAUCUUAAAUGAUAAUGAAGAUGAAGAUGAUGAUAUUUUAAAUGAUCCAUUUGAAUUACUCAAAGACGUACCAACUUAUACCGUAGUUGAAAUUUCUGUUUCUUCUUCUAAAAGAAAAAGUGAAUCUUUACCAACUUCUCCAACAGAAAUACCAGGUUAUACAGCUAUUGAUUUUAAUCGUACAAUGCAUUUAAGCCAAAAGAUGCUAAAAAGUGGAGAAGCUUCUGGAAUGAGAAAAACUAGACAUGAUUCAACCAUGAGUAAUCCAUAGUCUAAAUUUUAAUUUUAAAAUUUUAUGAGCACAUUGUUGCAUGCACUUUUAUUAAUUUAAACUUUAUUUAGUAUAAAACAUAGUCAAUUAUAAUACUUUUGUUUUGUUCCUAUACCUUAAAUUAAUUAAAAUCACUAUAUUUAUUUUAUUUCUAUGAAGAGACAAGCUUAUUUAAAUGUCUGUAUAUAUAUUUAUGUAAAGGUUGAUUUUUAAAAUAUAAUAAAUAAAAAUAAAUCCAGCAAAAUAUUUUUAAAAUAUUGAUUUUUUUUUUAAAUUUA